CGUUAAUGCGUACUGAAGCUUGUCCCUCAGCGUCGGCGUCUCGUGGCCCUUCCUUCCUUCCAUACCUACUUCCACAAUCCCAUCAUGUCAGGCCUAAGCACGUCCUUCCUCGGGGACAUCAGCUCCUGGAGUCGCAAAUCUUCCUUUUCAGGCUCGGCCAUCAUCGUCGCCUUCGUCCUUGGCCAUGUGGUCUUCUCGGCGCGCUACCUAAAGCAGAAGUACGGGCUGGACGAUAACACGAGCCCUCGUCGCGAUAUUGCGGAUAAAGGCGAGGAGUACAUGAGGAAAGGGAGGAUCACGAGGGAACAGGGCGCCCCACCCCAGCUCAACCUCCUUCACCGCAACCAGGCUCUCCACGAGAAUAGCAUGGAGCACUUCCCCCUGUUCGCCUCCUCCGUCCUGUUUGCCCUCAUGACGGGAGUCUCCCACAUCAAUGCCUUCGCUCUUGCGUAUCUAGGAAUUCGAGCUGGAUAUGGAGCGAGCUACUUGGCCAUUAAGGACAAGAAAGCUUCUGUGCUCAGAACGGCUUUCUGGUGGUCGGGCAAUCUGGUCUGCUUUGCAAUGAUCGUCAAGGGGGCAAGGAGACUUGUGGGUGUGGGGAGGAUGUGGGAGUAAGAGAGCUAGGGGAUUGGAGUCUGGUCUCGCAGCACAUUUUGUGGACCACUUCCAGCUUCGUCUUGUCAGCUUCAUCUACCACCUUUUCUCCUCUUCUUCGUCGCCUCACA